CUUUCACACACCUCGGAACACCUUUUGGCUGCCCGCUGCCCAGACACACCUGCAGCCCUACCCAGCCGCUCCGCUCACCCACCGGACACCACCUUCAGCUGAGAGCCCAGCCCUCUUGCCAUACUCCACCCUGGCCAGACAGAGGUGCCCUUCUACCGGGGGCCUCACCCUGGACGAGGCAGAAGCUGCCAGCAGCAGGAGCAGAGGGGAAACCUCAAAGUGACCCUUUUUUUCCCCCAGAACACAGUGACCGGCCAGGUAGGAGUCAGCAACAAGGACACCAAGCUUAUAAAUACUCCAGACAUGAGCCAGCCCAGGCCUCGCUUUGUGGUAGACAGAGCUGCGUACUCUCUCACUCUCUUUGAUGAGGAGUUUGAGAAGAAGGAUCGGACAUACCCGCUGGGAGCAAAGCUUCGCCAUGCCUUCAGAUGCUCUUCCACUAAGAUCAAAACUGUGGCAUUUGGGCUGUUGCCUAUACUCUCCUGGCUCCCCAAAUAUAAGAUCAAAGAGUACCUUCUCCCCGAUGUGCUUGGCGGACUCAGUGGGGGCUGCAUCCAGGUGCCACAAGGCAUGGCAUUUGCUCUACUGGCCAAUCUCCCUGCAGUCAACGGCCUCUACUCCUCCUUCUUCCCCCUGCUGACCUACUUCUUCCUGGGGAGUGUGCACCAGAUGGUGCCAGGUACUUUUGCCGUUAUCAGCAUCCUGGUGGGUAACAUCUGUCUGCAGCUGGCCCCAGAGUCAAAAUUUCGGGUCUUCAACAAUGUCACCAAUGAGAGCUACAUAGACACUGCAGCCAUGGACACAGAGAGGCUGCAUGUGUCAGCGACACUUGCCUGCCUGACUGCCAUCAUCCAGAUGGGCCUGGGUUUCAUGCAGUUCGGCUUUGUGGCCAUCUACCUGUCCGAGUCCUUUGUCCGGGGCUUCAUGACAGCCGCCGGCCUGCAGAUCCUGAUCUCAGUGCUCAAGUACAUCUUUGGACUGACUGUGCCCCCAUACUCAGGCCCAGGGUCCAUCGUCCUUACCUUCAUUGACAUUUGCAAAAACCUUCCCCACACCAACAUCGCUUCACUCAUCUUUGCCCUCAUCAGCGCGCUCAUUCUGGUGGUGGUGAAGGAGCUCAACGCCCGCUACAUGCACAAGAUCCGCUUCCCUAUCCCCACCGAGGUGGUUGUGGUGGUGGUGGCAACAGCUAUCUCCGGGAGCUAUAAAAUGCCUCAAAAGUAUCACAUGCAGAUUGUGGGUCACAUUCAACAUGGGUUCCCCACUCCGGUGUCACCUGUGGUGUCACAGUGGAAGGACAUGAUUGGCACAGCCUUCUCACUGGCCAUCGUGGGCUACGUCAUCAACCUGGCUAUGGGCCGGACCCUGGCUGACAAACAUGGCUACAGUGUGGAUUCUAACCAGGAGAUGAUCGCCCUGGGCUGCAGUAACUUCUUUGGUUCCUUCUUUAAAAUCCACGUCAUCUGCUGUGCUCUCUCCGUCACUCUGGCUGUGGAUGCAGCUGGGGGAAGAUCCCAGGUGGCAAGUCUGUGCGUGUCUCUGGUGGUGAUGAUCACCAUGCUGGUCCUGGGAUCCUAUCUGUACCCUCUCCCUAAGGCUGUGCUGGGAGCCCUGAUAGCUGUCAACCUCAAGAACUCCCUCAAGCAGCUCACUGACCCCUACUACCUGUGGAGGAAGAGCAAGCUGGACUGUUGCGUCUGGGUGGUGAGCUUCCUCUCCUCCUUCUUCCUGAGCCUGCCAUAUGGUGUGGCAGUGGGUGUCGCCUUCUCUGUCCUGGUUGUGGUCUUCCAGACCCAGUUUCGGAAUGGCUAUGUGCUGGCCCGGGUCAUGGACACUGACAUCUAUGUGAACCCCAAGACAUACAGUAGGGUCCAGGAAAUUGAGGGGAUUAAGAUCAUCACUUACUGUGCCCCUCUCUACUUUGCCAACUCGGAGAUCUUCAAGCAAAAGGUCAUUGCUAAGACAGGUACAGACCCCCAGAAAGUAUUACUUGCCAAGCAAAAACACCUCCGCAGGCAAGAGAAGAGGAUGGCGCCCACACAGCAGAGGAAAUCUCUCUUCAUGAAAACCAAGACGGUCUCCCUGCAGGAGCUGCAGCAGGACUUUGAGAACGUCACCCCCACCGACCCCAACAACAACCAGACGCUGGCCAAUGGUGCUGGCAUAUCCUACGUCACUUUCAGUCCUGACACCUCAGCUUCCCCAUGUGAGCCAGUGACCUCUGCAGAGCCCCCAAGAGAGCCCAGUGACAUUCUGGCCAGUGUCCCACCCUUUGUUACCUUCCAUACCCUCGUUCUGGACAUGAGUGGCGUCAGCUUUGUGGACCUGAUGGGCACCAAAGCCCUGGCCAAGCUGAGCUCCACCUUUGGGAAGAUCGGAGUCAAGGUCUUCUUGGUAAACAUCCAUGCCCAGGUGUACAAUGACAUCAGCCACGGAGGUGUCUUCGAGGACGGAUGUGUACAGCGCAAACACGUCUUCCCCAGCAUACACGAUGCGGUCCUCUUUGCUCAGGAAAAUGCCAGAGAAGCAGUCCCAGGACAGAACUCCCAAAGGGCCCCAGAGGACACCGAGCUCUCCCUGUGUGACUCAGAGGAGGACAACCCAGGCUACUGGGACUUGGAGCAGGAGAUGUUCGGGAGCAUGUUCCACACGGAGACCCUGACCGCCCUGUGAGGCCCAGCUGCUCGCCAUGCUGCCUGCAGAGCUCCUGGCACCAGGGACUUCCAUGAAGGAGGGAUGGGAGAGAAGAGUGUGGCCACCAGGACCCUGGCUCUGCUCUGUGCCCCUUUCUUUCUCCCCUCCUCUCUCAGCAGGGAAUGCUCACCCCUGCUGGGAUGAGAGUCUGGUGAACUCCCCUCCCCUAACCUCAGCCCAGCCCACUCCACACCACCUGCCCACACCCUGCCAUGGCAGCUGAGGGAUGUUUUGACUUCCAGACUUUGAGAGUGAGCCAAGGACAGCACAAGAACAACUGCGCUGACCUGGUACCCAAGCUUGGCAAGGGUUCUAGGGCCUGCACGGGUUGGUGGCAGAAGAUGUCCUGCCAUCAAGGACACAGAACUAGACUCUGAGACCAAGAUGCCCCAACUCCAUUCUGCAGCUCUGCACCGGGGGCCAUGUGACCUCCACAACCUAGGAGAUUCUAUCUUGGCGACCAUCUCCUUUCCUUGUCCAAAGGAUGCCGAGAUGGCCACUGCUGUUCAGCACUUCAAACUCCAGCCUGGGCAGUGACCAGGCCCCUCACAACCAUCAGAGCUACCUCCCCAGGGCUGGCCCACAGAGGGGCUGCCUCAGCCUCCAGAAGCACCACUCACUUCCCCCGAGAGGCUGGUCCUUCCCACUUGAGGCUGAGUAGGAGCCCAGGAAAUGGGGCAGGCAGCUGGCAGAAUCCUCUGACCACCUAGCAGCAGAUACUAGUGAUUCUGCGCCAAGGCUUUUGGGAAUCCCGCUUUGUACCAAAGAUUUAGAAGAAGGGGGCAGUGCUAGUGCCAACCCAGGCCAAACUGGGGGGACUUGGCUUCUAACAGUGCCCCUAGUCUCCAGGCAGAGGGGAAAAUACCUUUCCUCAGGAUGUCUGCCUUGUGCUUCUUCACUUGGUGAAGAGCCAAUAGUUUUAACUUUCCUUUAUCAGCCUGGAGGCUGAUGAUGGGGUCCUCCCACAGGUAAAGGAGGAGGCCUUAGAGGAUCGGCUGCACCCCCCAGAGGGCCUCAGAGGUGGCGUGGGGCUGGUUUAAGUGGGUCUUUCUCCACAGGGUGUCCUUAACCUGAGUCCGUCUUCCUUUAGGAAAGAUGAAAAUAGGGGUUAAGGUCUCUGUCUAUCUAAGGAGGUAUAUCUAGAGGAACCUAUAUAUAGAUACAGAGAGGAACUCCACUGUUGACUUGAAAAUAAAUAGGUUCCAUGCGCAUGUGCAAGUGCUUUGUAAAAUUUCCAUGAAAGUGCACAGAAAAUCUUCUGGCCUUGCCUCACUGUUCUCCAAGUUCCCUGUCCCAACAGGUUGGGCUGGCCCAGCCUGGGAAAAAGUCCCAGUGCCUAACUUCAGCCUGAGCUGCAUUGCAUGUCUGUGGUCGGCUAGCAAGUCUUCCUAGAGUUAAAGGAGAGGGUGCUGGCCCAGCACCCGCACAUUCUUGGCCCAGAGGCACUGCUUCUCAGUGAAUUCAUUAUGCCAUCUGGCUGCCAAUGGAACUCAAAACUUGGAAGGCAGAAGACAAUGUUAUCUGGGAUUCACCGUGCCCAGCACUUGAAGUGCCAAAUUCCAGGAGGACAAGAACCUCAGCCAAUGACAACCCACCCGCCCCUACUCCACCUCCUUCAAAGUCCGGCUCAGGCCCAGGAGAAGGAGGAAGGUCACAGAGCCUCAGAGCAGCCUAAGUCAGAGUCCUCCUUUGAACCAAGUGUCUGGAUCCCCUGGAGACUCGAUGGAGUGAUCAUUAAUAAAUAUUCUAGCCAGCCCCAGAACUGAAGGGGACUGUGACUCACAAAGGCCUGGAGUCAGGGCUGCAGAAAGGAUCUGUGACCUCUCCAGCACAAUAAGCAUUCUCAGUGCUCCCACUGGGGCAAGGGAAGACACUGAAGAAAACUUCACUGUUGAGACAUGUUGAGAAGAACACAAAUGUCACACAUGCCACUUUUCUGGACAUGACUGAGGCAAGGAGGGAGGAGGCAAGGCAGCAAAAUAAUCCAGAAUUUCAAUACUUCUCAAUGUCCUGCCUGAUCCUGACCUGUGCUGAUACGAUUCCCAGGGAGGGCUGGGAAGCUUGACUCUUGAGAUAUUUGUGUAAUUUAUUUAAUUUAAAUUUCUUUCUCCUUUCAUUCAUUUUGGUAAUAAAGUGCUUUUGA